CCUCCCCCACGUUGACACGUAUUGUUGCUUUGCCGAUAAUAAAAAAAAAAUGGCGACCGGACCCGCGUAAAUUGGAGAUCCAUAGAGGUCAUUACCCUGCCCUAUGUUGUCAGUGACAUACUGUGACAUAUCCACGUGUUGGCAAAGCAGGAACCAUGGCUUUUGAGGAGAUCAAGAAUAAAGGAGGAAUGGAUGCGGGGAUGGAAGGAGACAGAGGCCUUGUAGCUGGUCGUAGCCAGAGAGAGAAGAGGAGGUCGUACAAGGAUCUGUUAAGGGAGGAAGAGGAGAUUGCUGCUCAGGUCCGUAAAUCUUCCAAAAAACGACCCAAGGAUUCAGAACUGUUUCCGCUUGGAGGGGACUCGCACAAAAAGAAGAAGAAACAUAGUGAUGACUACUAUUACAGAGACCACGAUGGUUCAGGUCCACCUCCCCACAAGAAAAAGCACAAGUCUGCAGACCGCUCCCCUACUCUCUCGUCCCCUUCAUCCUCUCACCCGAAAGACACAGCGAUGGGCCUCCUGCAGGCUAUCACCUCUCCGCUGGCCACAGGUUCGGACCCCAGCCCCCACUUACACAAGAAACCCUCCUACCCACCCUUCUCCUCGCACUCCUCCAAGGACCGCAAACGUGAGAGCAGCGGCGCUGGAAGCAAAGGGAGCCACUCCUUCUCUCACUCCCGCCCCAUGUCCUCAUCAUCAUCUUCCUCCAAGAAGCACUCCUCGUCUUCCUCAAAGUCAUCACUAUUCCAUGGUGGCGCUCCCAAAGAGGAACCCUUGACGUUACGCGAGGCCGACGGUCUGAAGAUGAAGCUCAUCAUGUCGCCAGAGAAAGAGGAGGGAGAGAGCUACCCGUUCACACCCCAUUCGUCCAAAGGAGGCGGGAAAAAAGAGAAGGAUAGAGACAGAAUGCAGCACUCAAAGUUGCCCAAGAAAAAAAUGCAGCAGAAUCGAGAUCCACUGCCUGUAGUGGGGAAAGAAGUGGAGGUGGAAGGUCAUUACGGAGGCGGCAUGGGGGACGAUAGCUCUUCAUCCGGGGGUGAGCUGGAGGCUGGUGAACUGGUUAUAGAUGAUUCAUACACACACAUGUCAAAAAAGAAGAAGAAGAGCAAAAAAAGCAAGAAGAAGAAGGAUAAAGAAAAGGACAGAGACAAGGAAAAAAGUGGGAAGGACAAAAAGCACAGCAAAGGAUUUGGUGACUCAUCGAGGGGCCACAGCCACUCCCAUCCGACUGUCACACACAGUGCUGUCGGUCCAAUGUAUGCAAUGGGCACGCCCGUCCCUCCACACCACCAUCAAGGCAAUGAUGGAGUGACAGAGAAGAAGAAGAAGAAAGAGGAGAAAGAUCGGGAAAAGCACGAGAAGGAAAAAGAUAAGCCCAAGAAGAAGAACACAACGGCGUACCAGGUGUUUUGUAAAGAGUACAGGGUCAACAUAAAUGCAGAACAGCCAGGACUAGUGUUUGGUGAGCUAAGCAAAAAGUUGGCAGAGGUGUGGAAGGCGAUGCCAGAGAAAGACAAAUUGGUUUGGAGGCAGAAAGCUCAGUAUCUGCAGCACAAACAGAACAAAGCUGAGGCCACCACAGUCAAACACAAGAGUGCCAAUGAGAGCAAAAGCAAAGCUGUAGGAGCUGGAACAGGGAUAGUGUCACCAAACAGAGCAUCUGGCAAUAUGUCACUGUCCCCAGCACGAGUCCCAGAUGUUGAUCCCAUUGAUGCAGCAGCUCACCUGCAGCUACUGGGAGAGUCCUUGUCCCUGAUUGGGCAUCGGCUACAGGAAACAGAGGGGAUGGUGGCAGUGUCCGGAAGUCUGUCCGUUCUUCUGGACUCCAUCUUGUGUGCGCUGGGACCGCUGACCUGUCUCACAGCACAGAUACCACAGUUAAACGGAUGUCCUCGAAACGUCCUGUCAAAUACGUUGGACAAUAUUGCCUACAUCAUGCCUGGGCUGUGAGUAAAGGGUGAUAAUCAAAAUCAAUUGAUUCGUCAUCAGAAGUCAACAGAUCUGAACAGAUUGGUCCUGAACAGGAGACACCCUUGGACUUUGGACUUUAAUUUAAGCCACUUGCUUGGCAUCUGAAAACUUGGAUAUUUCUAGCGUCAAUGUUUUUAAAGUGUAUUUUUUUAAAAACCUUGUUCUCUUAAUUUUCUAAUUGUUAUAUUUUUAAAUGAAACAUUUUACUGAACAUGUUGAUCUUUCUUGGCAUGUCAGCUUAGUUUUAUUGUUACUGUACAGUGUGUGCGUGCGUGCGUGUGUGUGUGUAUGCGUGUGUGAGUGUAUGCGUGCAUUUGUUUAGCUGUUUAGUGUGAUUGACUGUUGAGUGUUCUGUCUACAUAUUUGAUUUUUUUUUUACUGAAAAGUACAGGAACAUGCAAGUCAUUUGGUCAUGAUCAACAUAAUAUAUUUGACAGCUGCUCUGUUUCUUUGACCAUGUAAACAGUGCUGUCAUGCCUUGCUGUUUUAUACAUUUGAUAUUUUACUGUGCGUACAGCAUUUAGAUUUGGACCACUCUGUAAAAAAAAAAAGUGAUAGAAAAAAACAGAUUUAGGUGCAACCUUGUUUUAAUCAGGAGCUGUUCAAACAAAUCACUGUCAGACAUUUAACAAAA